AUGCCAAGAUCCCGAACCCGAUAUCAACGCACCAUUGAGGACGUCGCGAAUGAAUUGGUGACAUUGGCGGAUCGUGCUGUGCCGAGCGAUCUUGUGGCCAUAAUGGCAUCGUUGCAUGCACGAUUGGAACUCUCAAUUGAGCAUUGUCGUACUGGCGAUCAGCGUUCGUAUCGGUUGACCAAGCGUGGGACAACGGCUGCCGCUCAACUACCCUCUGUACGUGAGGAAAAUGAUAACGAUGCAACAUUUACCAUUGAUCAUCAAACAGAUAAUCAAGGCUCGAAUAUGGCUAUGGGUGGUUCCACUGCCCCCAGCAUGGAUAUGGAUAGCAAUGCGAGCGGCUCCGAAAUUGUAACCGAAGAUGAGAAUGCAAGCUCGCAAGUCCAUGAUGAUGCCCCUGAGAAGCUGGAUGCCAUUACUGAUGAUGAUGCUAUUGAUGACCACGAUCAAGCUAUUGACGAUUUGCCAAACCAAGACAAUGAGAGUGUGGAUGAAAACCCAGUGAAAAGACGUCGCAUUUGUGCUGCAGAGGCCACUGAAAGUAUGCAGAAUUAUUCGCAAUCGGUGCUAUCAGGAAAUGGUGCGAAAAACAACAAGGGUGGGGUGAAGCCAAAGCCUGUUCCUCAAAAAGUCUUCGAUGCUUACCAGCAAGCGUUGGCAGAAGUGCUCAAUUUGGAUGAUGAAGAUAUCACGAAACGCUUGAAUGAUUAUUUCGAGGAGAAGGAUCUAUCGCCCCGUUCGUUGCCACCAUCUGCAAGCAAAACAGACAAGGAUAAUAUGGAUCUAUUCAAGCAUUUUGCAGCUUUUACAAAAGGACAACUGCAUGCAUUCAAAGGAAAAGUUUUGACCAACAUGGGGGCCUAUCGUUUCUAUUGCAAAAUGACAGAGAUGCACGAAGCUGAGGAUGAGGAGCACAUUAGUAUGAAGCAAUAUGCAGAGGAUUACUGUAAAGAGUUUGGCGAUGAUGUGGAUCAUGUAUACACCAAAAUGCGUACUGCAAUGAAGAUUGGUGCUCGUCUCUGCCAACUUGUUGAAGUUGAAUGGCGCGAACUUGUGAUUUUCUUUCCUGAGGUUUCUGCCAAAAGUUUUACUGAAAAGAAAAGUGAAGAAUUUUGGGAGAGGGUACCACGUUUGAUCUCGCUAGCUACUUCAACCAUUCAAGGCGAUGUUGCAUAUAAAUGGUCCAGCAUUUAUAACAAGUAUGAGGCCAACUUUGAAUCCAUGUUGACCAUUCAAGAUGUUACCGAGUAG